UGGCGCGCGCUCACAUGACUGGCGGCGUGAUGGACCGGCUGUCGGGGGAGGCAGGCGCGGCGCCAGUCGCGGCGGCAGCUGAGGCGGAGGCUGACGAGGAGGCGGACCCGCCCGCGGCAGACUUGCCCACGCCCCAGGUCAGCGAGCGGAGGGACCCACACCCCAGUCGAAUGCAGAUGCCUCAGGGGAACCCGCUGCUGCUGUCAUACACCCUGCAGGAGCUGCUGGGCAGGGACACUGUGCAGGUGGAGCUCAUUCCCGAGAAGAAGGGCCUUUUCCUGAAGCAUGUGGAAUACGAGGUUUCCAGCCAGCGCUUCAGGUCCUCCGUGUACAGACGGUACAAUGACUUCGUGGUUCUCCACGACAUGCUGCUGCAGAAGUUUCCCUACCGCAUGGUGCCGGCCCUGCCACCCAAGAGAGUGCUGGGAGCCGACCGGGAGUUCAUCGAGGCCCGGCGGAGGGCGCUGAGGCGCUUCAUUAACCUGGUGGCCCGGCACCCCCCGUUCUCCGAGGACGUGGCCCUCCGGCUGUUCCUGUCCUUCAGUGGCCCUGACGUGCAGAACAAGUUAAAGGAAUCAGCUCAGUGUGUUGGAGAUGAAUUCAUGAACUGUAAGCUGGCUCCUCGGGCCAAGGACUUCCUCCCGGCCGACAUCCAGACCCAGUUAGCCGUCAGCCGGGAGCUCAUUCGGAACAUCUACAACAGCUUCCACAAGCUUCGCGAUCGGGCCGAGCGGAUUGCAUCGAGGGCCAUCGACAAUGCUGCUGACCUUCUCAUAUUCGGGAAGGAGCUGAGUGCUUUGGGGUCUGACACGACCCCGCUCCCCUCCUGGGCCUCUCUGAACAGCAGCACGUGGGGGUCCCUUAAACAGGCGCUGAGAGGCCUGUCCGUUGAAUUUGCACUGCUUGCUGACAAAGCUGCCCAGCAGGGCAAACAGGAAGAGAAUGACGUGGUGGAGAAAUUGAACCUCUUCUUGGAUUUGCUCCAGUCUUAUAAAGAGCUGUGUGAACGGCAUGAGAAGGGCGUGCUGCACAAGCACCAGCGUGCACUGCACAAGUACAGCCUGACGAGGAGGCAGAUGCUGAGCACUGCUGUGCAGAGCCGUGAGCCUGACGCUGCGGAGCAGCUGGAGUCCCGCAUCGUCGAGCAGGAGAACGCCAUCCAGACCUUGGAGCUUCGGAGCUACUUCUCCUUGUACUGCCUGCACCAGGAGAUGCAGCUGGUCCACGUCUACCUGCCCCUCACCUCCCACAUUCUCGGGGCCUUUGUCAACUCACAGAUCCAAGGGCACAAGGAGAUGAGCAAGGUGUGGAACGACCUGAAGCCCAAGCUCAGCUGCCUCUUCGCGGGACCCAACAGUUCCCUGACCCCACCGAGGCCCCUGGAGGACGGCGUGUCUCCUCAGUAGUGCCAGUGGCCUGGGGCGGGAGCCCGGGCGGCCUCACUAAAACCUCUUUCCAAACGAGCCUCCCUG